AUAACCUCCAAAGAUUACAAAAUUCACCGAGGAAUCACGAAUAAGAACAAUAUAUACAUAUUAAAAGAGUUCUUUCGUAAUUGCAAAGUAAAAUAUAUAAAACAUACCAACAAUAUAAUUAAAAAGUAUCACAAGACAAUGAAUAUAGCUCGUACAAUUUGCACAAUUCGGAGCAAGAAUGUCAGCAAAACAGUGUUCAGAAAUUUUCGCAUAUCUUCGUCAAACUACGAUUCAACACAUGCAUCGCAGCCUAAAGUGCAAGAAGAAAAGUACGACUUCGAAGAUUUGAAGGUUAUAGAGCGCGCGGAAAACAGAAAAGCGGCGAUACCGCCUUUCAUGAAGAAUGUAUUCGUGUCUAUAUUUGACCGCGAGUUGCUCGCUUAUCCCGAAAUUUUAAACAAAGAUGACAGUGAAGACUUGGACAAGAGAGUGUCUAGACUGCAGGCAGUGUUUGGGAACCCGGAGAAAACAGAAGAAGAGCGUAAAGAAGUGUUGAAACAGAAUCAAAUGUUCGCCGCGCCUGUUGCUUUGACACUGGGCGGGUUGGCGAUGAAUGUCACAGAGAGUAUAAGAUACCUGGAAACAGUAUCGUCAGACCUCCAACUGGGUCAGCAACUGAGCGAGCACUGGGUAUCCCUGGAGGCUUUAAAGGCCGGUCUUCGAUCAGAUCAGUUCCGGCAGAUCCUGGACGACCUGGUCUCCGGAGAGCACAUGGUUUCCCUGUGUGUAAAGGAGAAACUUGCCGAGAGGAUAUCGCAGGCUGAUUUUAGGACCAAUGCGGAAAUGGAUGGACAAGAAAUAUGGAGGAUAUCCGGUGAAAAGGUGUGCAGUGCCACCUCCGGCUAUUUUUUAGUCCUGGGCAGCUCUGAAGCGGGCCGGAUCCGAGCGUUUCUGGUGCACCCUGGCGCCGCGGGCGUGACGGCUACAGGGGACUUUGUCACCUUUCAGAAGACACCGGCUACGCCUCUAGACGAAGUGACAGAAGCGGCCCUAGCACAAAUCCUGGGUGCGUCGCGGCUUCACACCGCGACAUUAUGUCGCUGCAGCCUCCAGCGCGCCAUGCUAGCAGCCACCGACUAUAUCAGAGACAGGGUUUUCAAUGGUAAACCUCUAUCCGAUAUGCCAACGAUCCGUUCCACCAUUGGUUCCACUCUAUUAGACAUAUAUGCCUCAGAGAGUGCGGAGUAUUUCACAGCUGGCCUACUAGACGGUUAUCUCAACCCCGACACUGAGAUGGAGAUGGCUAUGUGCAGAAAUUUCAUAGCCUCCGCUGGACUCGCCAGAAGUCUAGACCUCCUGUCUAUUCCCCCAUUGGAAAACCAAAAGGAAUUCAGUCGGUACCUCGAAGAUAUGCGCCUACUCACGUUCCGGGGAGAGAAUAGAGAUGGCGUUAAUAUAUUCAUUGCACUUAAUGGUAUCCACCAUGCCGGCAAAGUGAUGGCGGAAGAAAUAAAACAGAUACGGAACCCGCUCUUCCAUCCUAGUUUCAUCGUUAAAAAAGUCUUCGCGAACCGUCACCAGGAGAAAGAUGAUCCCAAGUUGAAUCUCUACUUGGCUGAACAUUUACACCCGUCACUCCGACCGGCCGCUGAGCAACUAGAGUACAGUGUGCUAAGAAUGAGAUUCGCGUGUGAAACUGUCAUGGCGCGUCACGGGAACAAAGUUGGAGAGGCGUUCACUGAACUGAACAGACUGGCGGAGGCUGCGACAGAGAUCCUCGUCAUGACUGCCGUCCUAGCUAGGGCUUCAAGAUCGUACUGCAUUGGAGUACGCAACGCCGAAUUAGAAAUGAAACUGGCCGCGUGCUUCGUCGAACAAUCCAGGGACCGAGUGCGAAAACUGAUUAAAGAACUAGAUGAUGGGGAAUUUAUUAAUUUAGACCAUUUCAAACUGCAGUUUGGCAAGAGAGUCCUGGAUACCAAGUCAGCUGUGGUUGAAAAGGCUACUACUAGAGUGUUUUGGUAGAAUAUAGUAGAAUAAAUGUUAUAAAUUAUUA